UCCUGUAAGCUCAGUCACAGAGAGCAACAGAGAAGGAGAGAGAGUGAGAGUGUGUAACGAGGCAAGCAAGCAACAGGGACCUACCACACACACAAACACAGUGCUCUCUGAGGUGAAAUUGCACAUGUUUUUGUCACCCCAGAGCAGACGGACUGGGUUGAUGAAUGAGCAGUAGUGAGUUAUGUACAGCUGGGUGUACUGGACAGCAGAGACUGUGUUGCUAAUAACCCUCAAAGUGUUUUUCACACCACUUUGAAGUUUUCUCUUUGGAUCUGCUGCUGCGGGGGACCAAUUUUAUACCCUUUAAGGAGAAAAGAAGAAGGAAGGCCAAAGGCUAAAAAAAUUGGACCAUCUCCAACUCCCCUUGGACUUUUUUUCAUUCUCUGUCUACUCCUGAGGGAAGCACGUGUGAGGAGGACUGAGGGAUUGAAUGCCAAGCCGUAUCCUCUGAAGAAAAUCCCAGCUAUUAUGGGACUUCCACUUUACUCAACUAUCGAAAUAUUAUGAGGAAGAUCCAUUGCUCAGUGUGAGAGAAAGAGCAAGAAAGAGGGUGAUAAAGAACUCUACCAUCCACUUCUACCCAAGGGUUCCCUCCCUCCCCCAGCUUCAAUCACCCCUCCUCUCUGCCUCUCUCUCCUUUGCCCCCUGCAUCCCCCUCCUCCCCCCCACAGAGCAGAAAGCGUGAAAAAUCUCACUAAUGGGUUUAUUUGCUGUCAGAUCUACGCCGAUUUGUCAUUCGCCGGGACCAUUUCACUUGACACAUUUCAUAGUUGAGUAAGCUGCUUGGCUUUCUGGCUAGAGUUAGCUGUGCUCUAGCUCCAGCAACACUCUGCUGCCAGGCUCAAAGCUCAUCGGGAAGAGAGCAGUAGGCAGCCAAACCAGGAGUCCUUCAGCCCUCAUAGUUGUUGCAGUCCUCCAGUUUGCAGUCUAAUCAUCCUGUUUAGGGUCCUUUCAUUUUUGGAAUCGGGCAAUAGCUUUAUUCUUUCCGAUCGUUGGACAGUUUGGACAGACCAUUGGGCCAGUUGUCCAAAGAGGCUUCUUCACACGGUUCCAGGGAUAUUUGGGUUGAUUCAGUUUGUAUUUAAGAUGUGGUGUGGGCCACUGGUUGUGCUGGCUGCGGUGUUCUGGACCCAGUGUGUCCUGCUGGAAGGGGUAGACGCCAAGAAGGAGAGGAAGAGGCCGAAGGAGACCCCCCCACAGCACACAGAGGCGUACAACGCUACUCUCUCCAACAGUGAAGAGGUCGGCGAGAGCACCAAGAUUCCUGACAACCAGAGAGUAGAUCCCCUGGGAUCAUGGAUGGACUUUGUGAAACGACCCGUAGACAACUUCCCUGGGAAAUGCCGCAAACGCAAAAGGCCACUGCCAGGACCACCAGGUCCUCCUGGUCCUCCAGGCCCCCAGGGGCCUCCUGGAUUCCCCGGGGCAGAGGUCACCCAGGAGGUCCUCCUCCAGGAGUUCAAAGAGAUGAUAAAAGAAGCUACAGAGAGGAGAGCUGCUGCAGUGGACAAGCAGACCAGUACCAGUCCUAGUCAGAUACCCAUGGCCCUCAUUGCCCUGGAAGGAAUGACCUCUUACAGGAGGAUAGAGGAAGCCUUCCACUGUAAACUCAUAGGACCUGUGGUUGUCGACAAGAAGACACUGAUGGAGCUACAAAACUUUCAGACGCCUCCUGCUAAAGGUGCCUUCCUCAGAGGGACAGGAAUGGACCAAUCCACAGGACGAUUCACAGCUCCCGUUACAGGGAUCUACCAGCUCUCUGCUAAUGUUCAUAUUGACCACAGCGAGGUAAAGAGGAGUAAGAGUCAGCUGAGAGCCAGGGAUAAUGUACGAGUGCUGAUCUGCAUCGAAUCCCUGUGCCAUCGAUAUACGUCGUUAGAGAUGAUUGUUGGAUUGGAAAGUAACAGCAAGAUCUUCACAGUGUAUGUGCAAGGGUUGCUGGAGCUACAGAUUGGACAGUACACCUCCAUAUUUGUGGACAAUGGUGCUGGGGCAUCCAUCACAAUACAGAAUGGCUCUGACUUCAUGGGGAUGUUGCUGGGUGUAUAGCCUCACGUCCUGCCAUUGGGGCUCGGGGUAUUCCUUCCCUCUUCCCAUUGGACACCAGGGCCCUGGCCAUGCAAGGCACCUGUCAUACCUGUAUCUGUUUGGAUUACUAACAGAUGCUAUCUGCCAAUCCCCAUCCAUGGAGGAGAAAGCAAAAGGCAUGAGCAGCAUUUGCAGCCAUUGAACUUCUCUACUUGGUGUAUCCUGGAAGAACCGUUUUGAAAGCUAAAGGACUGUGUCUCUCCCCAGACACCAUGAAAGCAAGCACUCCUAUGGGCCAAGAAAGACACUUGUGCAUACCAACAGACAAUCUUAAUAGACAAGAAUUCACAUCUUCAAAUCACUCAAUGAACAUUUUGAAUUUGAGAAAGAAAAAAACCUGAAUCAUAUACGUAUUUUUAAUACAGUAAUAGCCUGAUAGGAAAAAUGCUAUAAUGAAUAUCAUUCAUGAAAUUGAAAGGUUUUUAUUAAUCUCUUUAAUGGAAUGGCAGUAGCUAAGAAAGUACAGUACAUAGACUCUGUGAGUGUGUAUAUACACUGGAUGAUGCAAAGAUGCUCAGUAUGCAUUGAAUGGGUGCCCCAACUUCUCAGCUAAGGUUGAAGAAAUUCAGAAGCAUUUAGGAAAAUCCAACCAGUAGUUUUUGAAAACAAGGGAAUUUUGGGAAAGUUACCGGAAUUUUCAACCCUAUUCUCAGCAAAGUGACCUCUACUGUAUGUUCUAUCUAGGGGGACUUUGUAUGUCUCAUGUGGAGUCUACAGCCCACUGAACAAAAUAGAGGAAACAUUGGCCUCUGUAUGGAACCAUUUUGUGGAAUUCAAACCCAAACUAAGGAAUGUGGUUAGAGCAUUGAAAUGAAAUGCAAGUAUGUUGGCCAUUCUGUUUCAUACCGCUGUACAGUGCCUUCAGAAAGUAUUUAUACCGCUUGACUUGUUCCACAUUUUGUUACAGCCUGAAUUCAAAAUGGA